AUGUCGGGCGCAGCUGAUCGCGAGGCCGUAUUUCCGACCCGGCAAUCGCUGGGCUUGAUGAAAGGGAAGCUGAAGGGUGCAGAACAAGGCUACAGUCUCCUGAAACGCAAAAGCGAAGCUUUGACAAAACGCUUUCGAGAAAUCACGCGCCGAAUCGAUGAGGCCAAACGAAAAAUGGGGCGUGUGAUGCAAAUAGCAGCAUUUUCUCUUGCGGAAGUUUCAUAUGCUGUCGGUGGCGAUAUCGGUUUCCAGAUCCAAGAAUCCGCAAAACAAGCGCGCUUCCGAGUUCGUACAAAGCAGGAAAAUGUUUCGGGUGUCCUUUUACCUCAGUUUGAAAGCGUUACCGCUGAGGCAAGCAAUGACUUUGGCUUAACGGGUCUUGGAAAGGGAGGCCAGCAAGUGCAAAGAUGUCGCGAGACUUACGCCAGGGCAGUUGAAACACUUGUAGAGCUUGCGAGUUUGCAGACUGCUUUCGUGAUACUCGACGAAGUUAUCAAGGUUGUGAAUAGAAGAGUGAAUGCGAUUGAACAUGUUAUUAUUCCUCGAACUGAGAAUACUAUCAAGUACAUCAAUUCAGAAUUAGAUGAGUUAGACCGAGAGGAGUUCUAUCGACUGAAGAAGGUAUCAAACAAAAAGCAAAGAGACACUGCAGCGCUAGACGCAGAAAUCAAAGCUAGCCGAGUUAAAGCGGAGAACACUGGGAAAGUCGGGUCUUCCAAUACAGAUUCCCCAACCGAUAUCCUCGCUCAAGGAGAGGAUGAAGACGUGAUAUUUUAG